ACGAGUAAUUAUAUAAAUUAAUAGGAAAUGUAGAAUAACCACUGUAUUGGUAAUACACAUGUUGUUUUGUAAACUACUGGCUUGGGGUCAUUUACGUAUUUUUAUACAGGGUACAGACUGAAAAUAACAGCUCAGCCGUCACUUAACUCAACAGGAGGCUUCUCAUCCUGUGUACUGUAGGUUGUUAUUCUGUCUGUUAUCGUUAAAAAAUGUCAAAUGGAAUAAUGUGCAAUGUAUUCCUUCCACCGGAGGCCAGAGUGGCGCUACGGAAUCCUAUUGGGUCUCAACUGAGUGAACAGCGUCACAUGCGAUGUUAUUCUACCCAGAUUUUGUUGAUCAUUAACCUCAUUCCUGACUGUCAUAUAAUUCCGUAACUAGAGCAUUAUUAUAGAGAUUAUUAUUUACAGCGGCGUAUGGGGCGAAAUAGUUGUUAAAUCUGCCAUUGGUUUCCGGAAAAAUCAGCAGUUUAACCAUUUUGCAUAGUAUGUUUACAGUGGGCAAGAUGUCCCUUAUCGCAAUGGCUCUGCCGGUGAUCAGCGUCCUUCUCUCCGCCUGGCAGGUGGGUGCCAUUGAUGACUGCUUGUGGUACGUGGAUAAGAAUGGCACUUGGCACAACGGGGUCCCCUGUCCCCUCAUGACCUUCUGUUGUGGGAACUGCCACAAGCGCUACUGUUGCUUGGACGGCCUCAAGAGGAUCACUGAGAGGGAGCAGAAGCGCUGCAUGCUCUUCCAGUUCAGCCCUACCACCAUCGCCAGCAUGGCUUCGUCCAUCCUGCUCUUCGUGGCUAUCAUUGCUACCAUGGUGAGCUGCUUCAUGUGCUCCUGCUGUUACCUCUACCAGCAGCGACAGCAGCGUGGCAGGACGCACUAUGACGCCCAGCACAUCCCUAUGGCCACCUACCCCGUGGAGCCCAUGUAUGACGCUUACGGCAAGCCGCUGGUGAUGGGACAUCCUGAUUAUCCACACUCUGGUUACCCAAUGGCACCUCAGUAUCCUGGCAUGCCACAGCCGUACCCCAUGAUGCACCCCGGCCCGUAUCCCCCGUACCCCAUGGCAGACUCUGGCUACCCUCAGGGAGCACCCCCUCCUUACUCCCCACCCCAGUACACCCCCCACCCCAGUCACUGAUGGGAUGAUAACAUGUACAUGGUGGGAGAUGAGAAAGACAAAGAAAGGACUGCGUCAGAAAGAGAAGGCGACCACGAGACAACUCAGCUCUCCUAGUGGUUGUCCAGUGAAAGAGACAACUCAGCUCUCCUAGUGGUUGUCCAGUGAAAGAUAACCAGAGGCACGUUCCUUUAUUUACUACAUCCUUCAAUGGAACAGAGCAUGUGUUGAGUUGGCUUUUCCUGUCAGUCCUGACACUGAACUUCAUUCCUACUGACAGUCUGGAAAAUGUCACACCAAGUGAGGUAACCAUCCUGCAUCCAUGCACUCACUCUCCAUCCAUCCAUCACAAUUAGGGUAACCCAUUCUAUAAAGUCACACACUACCAUUUGUUUGACAUUAAUUCUCUGUUUUAAGACGUUUGACUUGAGCAAUGGUCAACAUCUAUUUUCACAUGUUGGCUUGGCUUUAAUCUGGUAGUGGACAGACAGAGGCCAUACCUGCCUGCAGAUAACACUGUGUGUGGGAGCUGAUGGUAGAUCCAUAUGUUGUAUAAAAGUCUGAAUGUUCAGAGUUGAUUGCUCCUCUCGCUAUAUCGGAUCCCUUUAGCCAGCUCUUACUGCAGGUUCAUAUUCUGUGGGGAUUUCUUUGCCCUCUCACACUUAGCUUGUCUUUCCAAAUAGAAUAUCAUUAACUCUAUUCAUAUUAGAGAGUCGGUUAUACAGGUGUCAUCGUAAUCAGUUGUCAGAAAGUUUAUUUAUUAGUGGCAUCUGUGUAAAUGUUUUUCCUGUAAUAUAUCAGGUCAAUGUAUAUUUAAUAACUUAAAUAACAAAUCUGAGCCUUAUGUCAUCGUGAAGAUAAGCAAUUUCAAUACGUAUUUUGUCAAAUAUAUUUUAUGUUCGAAGGUUUACAUAUUAACAAAUAAUUAUCGUUUUAACAUACUAUCGCAACUUUUAAAAACAUUGUACCAUUAAAUGGUUUGAGCAUUUGUUUUACAGGUUAUAUUUCUGGUUAUUACAUUUCCCUCUGAGCCAUCGUUGUGCCCCUUGUCCUACUGUGCAGCUCUAACAUCACACAUGACGUGUAGGGAAUGUGUUGUACAGUUUACUAUUACCAGCCAGUGAAUGACUCAUCCAGGUCAAAUGUGUUGGAUAAGGUGACAUUCUAUUUUACCAUCACUGAGAUUCUUGAUACAUUUUUCCAUUGAAAACACGAGUUGUUUGAAAGCACACUGAGAAUCUUGGCAUGAAAAAGGUGGAACAAUUAUGCAAAAUAUCUAGUGAUUCUCCCUAUUCAGCUACUGUUUAUGUGUCAAUGUAUAACAAUGACAUACUAUUAUUUAUAAACACUAUUGUAACUAUGUCACAAUUUGAAUUACUUGAUUACUUUGUCAUUUAUUGUCAACAUGUAAAGUAAUAUGCACAGCACAGUACAUACUUGACUUUCUACUGGGUUUGCUGAUGGGUUUGCUUAAUGAAUGCACUUAUUUUAUUGUGUACAUUUAACAUUUUUACCAGCGUGUAAAUCAAAUCUGUUACUAGUAGAACAGUUACCAGAUAUUACUUGUUGGUGGUUUAAUGGAUGUUGCUGUUUUUUUCUAAUAACAUAAAUUAUAACUUUAGAAUGUAAAA